GGGGAAAGCAUUUGUUUCUAACUUGGUAUCAGACUUACGAUCCUAUUCCUUUCUCCAUGGCUUCACCACAGAAAACCUCUUUCCACCCGGCUCUUGCCGUCACCUCCAUUAAAAAUCUCAUCCCUCUCACACUUGAAACCGAAAACGUCCAAUAUUCCUCAUGGGCGGAACUCUUUAAGCUCACCGCCCGAGCUUAUGACGUCCUGGAUCAUAUUCUCCAGGCUGAUUCUCCCUCUGGCAGCACCACCUCGAUGACAUCUUCCUCCCUCUCCGACGACGACCGCCUACGUCUGGCUGUUGAAGAAAAAGCUCUUUGGAAUCGUAUCGAUGCACUUGUUCUCCAGUGGAUCUACGGUACCAUAUCACACGAGUUGCUGCACACCAUUCUCGAACCCAACUCUACCGCCAUGGCUGCCUGGAACCGCUUGGCAGAUAUCUUUCAAGACAACAAAAAUGCUCGGGCUCUACAUCUCGAGGAUCAAUUCUCCAGCACUCGUUUGGAGAAUUUUCCUUCCAUCUCUGCUUACUGCCAGGCCCUCCGUACAAUUGCCACUCAACUCGCCAACGUUGAUUCCCCAGUCAAUGAUAACUGUCUUGUGUUGCGUUUGGUGCACGGGCUCCCUGCCUCUUAUGAGACUGUUGCCUCCUUCAUACAACAAACUAAUCCCCUCCCUUCUUUUGAAAAGGCACGGUCCAUGCUUCUUUUGGAUGAAUCUCGCCGGCAGCACCAACUGAGCACCUCCUCUUCUCCUGCUUCCGCACUUGUCUCAACGGCUCACAACCCGCCACCCCCUCGUCCGGAUGUUCAUGCACCCGCUGCCCCCUCUUAUGGCUCCGGCCCCCGUGGACGUGGCGGAGCACGUCACCCUUCUAGUCGUGGAAAAGGGCGUGGUAGAUCCUCUGGUGGGCGUCACUCUGACCCAUCUUCCUGGUCACAUACUCCAGCACCAUCCCCAUGGUCAUUUCCUCCGUGGGCUCCAUGGAUGCCUCAAUAUUGGAAUAUGCCACCCUGCCCUUACCCUACGGUUCCUGGAAACUCUACCACACCACGCUCGCCCACCGCCGGCAUACUGGGCCCACGCCCCCAAGCUUUAACCAUUGGACCCAUGACCUCUCAAAUGCCGGCUCCUCAUACUGCCACUUAUGUACCAACGGCUCUUCCCACUGCCAUGCAUGCCAUGACCCUUAAUCCUCCUGAUGAUGCUUGGUAUAUGGAUACGGGAGCAACCUCCCACAUGACAUCAGAUACAGGAUCUUCGUACCAGAACCCCAAUCCUGCGAUGUAACAGUCAAGGUGAUUUGUAUCCGGUGUGUCGCCCAUUUCCGUCAGUUCGUUCGUCUUUCCCAGGGUUUGCUGGCAUCUCCGCCUCCAUAUGGCAUGAUCGUCUUGGUCACCCCGGCACUUCCAUUUUUCGUAGUCUUAAUAGUAAUCAUCUCAUUGAUUGUAAUAAGACAUUCACUAGUGUUUGUGAAUCUUGUCAAUUAGGAAAACAUAUUAAAUUGCCAUUUUCUCCGUCUUUAUCUUAUACUCACGCUCCCUUUGAUAUUAUACAUAGUGAUUUGUGGACUUCCCCUGUUUUAAGUUCUACGGGUCAUCGGUACUAUAUUAUCUUUCUUGAUGAUUUUACCAAUUUCCUUUGGAUUUAUCCACUUCAUCACAAAUCUGAUGCUUUCC